AUGUCCAAUCAACUACUUCAAGAACUACAUCGAAGUCUUUCAGUUCAAAUCGUCCAUUACUCAAAUUUAUGGAAUGCACCUAAACACAUUAACCCAUAUCACCAUGGUGAUAUUGUACUGGGAAAAUUAAAACGGAAUCUCUUAUUGGUUGCAAUAAUCGACGGAAUAGCAGCAAAAGAUGCUCUUUCGAAGCAGAUUUUCGCACUAAAAUACCGGAAUCCUAUGGCUAAGGUCAUAUUUUUUUUGGCUGAAAAUACAAUGACAACAAUGGCUUUGCAAGCAUUCAUCCGUAAAUGUUUCGAAUCGGAAGUAAUAGAUGUCGUGUUUUUCGAAAACCUGGAUCCACCACAAAUGUUCACUUAUCAUCCUUUUAAUGACUUUCAAAUUAUCAAAUUGAAAAAAGUUUCCGAUUUUUUCGAGAAUCGUUUAAUGAACCUCAACAAAUACCCACUCAGAGUUUUCAAGUACAAUGCACCACCGAGAGUAAUGGAGUCCCGUGACGGGAAAAACGUUAUGGGAUACGCUGGACAUUUGGCUACAUCCUAUAUUCAAAAACGCAACGUAACUGUUGAAAUUAUCCCUAGAACAGAAGGAGUCUCUGUAUUGGCGCAGGUUACGGAUAAUCUUGUAGCAAGACGCCUAGAUAUAUUGUUGGGAGCUUUACCAAUGUUUCAAUAUGACAUCGGAGAUCCGUCUUAUCCCGUUCUAUAUGAGAAAUUCUGCGUUAUGGUUCCAGUACCUAAAGUUAUCCCGGUUUAUCGAAAUUUUCUACAACCAUUUGAAGAAAACGUUUGGAUUGCAGUUAUUUGUGGAACACUUUAUAUGACUAUCGUCACCUAUAUUGUCGGGGCUAUUGUCAACGGAAGAAAAGAUGUAUCCGCGGCACUUCUCACCUCCAUUUGUUUCGUAAUCGCUAGGGGCGAAAUUGGUAUUUUCUCUCAUUUAAACCGCCGACUCAUAGUCAUAUAUGUAUGCCUUUUCUUGUUGGGAUUCAUGCUAUCAAACAUGUACUGUGCUCUCCUCACAACAUUUUUAACGGCUCCUUCGUAUGAACGUGAUCUUAGAACACUCGAUGACAUAGCUGCCGCAGGCUUGAAGAUCGUAGGAGAACAGGCAGAAGUAGAUUACCUUGCCAAACGAGAUAUCUACAAGAAAUAUCAUCCACUCAUAAAAGGACUAUCGUACAUGGAAUACAUGAAAAUCAGAGCGGAUAUAAAUAAUACAAAUCCUGCUUUCAUUUCUACUGACAGUUUUGGCUUUUUAAAUGAAGUCCAAAAAUAUCAAAACGAUAUUAAAUUCCAAAUCACAGACAUAUGCCCUUUCGACGUGUAUUUAUCUAUUGUUUUUAAAGAUGAAUCAAUCUUAAUUGAAAAUUUCAACAGCCACGCUUUGCUAGUGCAACAAUCAGGACUUUUGAAUUACUGGAAAACAAAUGCAUUCUUUGAAGCACUACAAUCAGGAUAUCUACAUUUGAAAAGAGGUAAUAAGGAAGUCGGACCUGUACAAUUAACACUGGUACAUUUGCAAAUUGCCUUUUAUAUAUUACUAUCUGGUUUGGCUAUUUCAAUUUCAGCUCUUAUUGCGGAACAUUUGUAUUAUUACCUUAUUAAGUACACGCAAAAGAAGAUAUAUCUAUAA